AUGUCUACCUUCAUUAUGCCAAUCUUACUCGUGUUUGGAAGUGGUGGUAAUAUACUCAAUGCAAUUAUUUUUCUUCAGAAAACACUUCGAUCAUGUAGUUGUAGUAUGUAUAUGAUUGCUGCAUAUUUUCUACAUACUAUAGUUCUUUGUUUUGCAAUGUCAACAACUCUCUAUUCACUUAAUCAUAGAGAUCCAUUAACAUAUAGUGUACCAUAUUGUAAAAUACGUCAAUAUUUAAUAUCAGCUAUAUUUACCAUGGCUCGUUGUUGUGUUGGUAUGGCUUGUGUUGAUCGAUAUGCAAUCACGUCACAAAAUACUCAUAUUCGAGCUUUUGGACGACCUCAUAUAGCUCGCUUUAUCAUUAUAACUAUUAUAAUUGUAUGGCUCAUUUUACCAGUUCAUUUAAUCAUAUACAAUACUAUUCAAAAUAGUCGAUGUAUUAUGCCUGGAUUGUAUCCCUAUUUUUUUGCUGCUUAUGCUAUCAUUAUUGCUGCAAUCAUUCCACCAAGUAUGAUGAUUACAUUUAGUAUUCUUGCUGCAAAAAAUAUUCGACAGAUGCGUCGACGUAUUCAACCAUCAUCUAUGGAUACAAUAGUAGGCAAUAGUAAUAUUCAUUUAAAACAAUAUGAUUAUCAAUUGUUGAAAAUGUUGUUCAUAGAUGUAAUAAUCUAUUGUAUAUCAGCAAUACCAUCACCAAUUUAUUAUAUCUAUGCUGCCAUCACACUACAAUCAAUAAAAACUGCUGAACAAAUAGCAUGGCAAAAUUUUUUUAGUUAUUUGGCAUAUCAAUUUUUAUUGUAUAUAGCAGCAUCAACAAGUUUAUAUACCAAUCUUUUAGUAUCAAAAGCAUUUCGAAAGGAAUUUCAAGUGUUUAUGAAUCGAUUUAUUGUCAAUGAACAGCAAUUUUUUGCAGUCAAAUCCAAUAAAAUGAUUAAUAAUAAUUCCUUUCAAACAGGUCAAGCUACUAUUCAAAAAUGA